AUGAAGCUUUUGGAAAAGGAUUUUGCUCUCAACCAAAGAGGAACUGUUAAAAUAAUUGCAGAAGAACCCGAUGAUGUGUGGAUCCUUUACAACCUCAUCACGAUCGGCGAUGUUGUCACCGCCGAUACCACACGUAAAGUCCAUCUCGAAUCAAAUAAAAACACCGCGUCACGUGUUAAACUCACCCUUCAUCUCAAAGUCACGUGUCGUGACUUUCACAAAGACUCUUCUACCCUUCGCGUUCACGGUCGCAACCUUGAAUCCAAUCAACAUGUCGCCGCUGGUUCUUUCCACACAUUAACCCUUGAAAGAAACAAAUCCUUUGACCUUGAAAAAAAGUUGUGGGGUCCACACGCCUUUGAAGCCUUAACCGAUGCCACCGAGAAUUCAUCAUCUUCUUCGGAUGCCAAUCUUGCUGUUGUUCUUCUUCAACAACACCAAGCGGAGAUUCACUUGCUUGGAAAAGGGGUCACUACUCGUUGUUCCAAAAUCGAAGCCUCUUCACGUUCAUAUUCACAUAAAAAAUCUUCUUCUUCUUCUCCUUCCUUUAACGUGUUUUUUCGUGAUGUGUUUGCAGCUUUUGUGAAACAUGUGGAUUUUAAAACUGUGAAGAGUGUAGUAAUAGCAGGGGAAAGUGAUGAUAAUGCAUUGCUAUCCCCAACUAUUUUUCGUAGGUUUCUUUUAUCUGAAGCAAAGAGGUUAAAGAUGAGGUGUAUAGAAGAGAACAAAUCACGUAUCGUAGUUGUGGGGUCACGGUGUAACAACAACAACAAGAGUAAUUGUAACUUCGAUUUAAGGGAAGUUUUCAAUGACGCAGCGGUGAUGAAUUUAAUAAAGGACAGUAACUUAGGGUUAGAAAUUAGGGCUUUUAAGGAAUUAUGGGACAUGGUGUGCGACAGUUCAGAUCGUGUAUGUUAUGGACCAAAGCAUGUGGAGAGUGCACACGAGAUGAAUGCAAUUGAGACACUUUUGAUAAUAGAUGAACUUUAUAGGAAUGAAGAGAUUGAGAUGAGGAAAAAAUAUGAGAGCAUGGUGAAAUCUGUGAAACAAGGUGGAGGAAAGGCUUUGGUGUAUUCUUCUAUGCAUGUUUCGACACCACAAUUGGCUCAGCUAACAGGUGUUGCGGCAAUUCUCAGAUUUCCAUUACCUGGUCUUCAAGAUAUGGAUGAUGAUGAUCAUGUUUAG